AUGCCAAAUAGCCCAUCAAAGAGUGAACCUGAGAGAGAUGACGAAUCGCUUCCUGAUUCUGAUUACAUUCGGAUUCAAGAGUUGCCUGUUCAACUCACCAAAUACCCAAAUUUGGAAAUUCUUAAUCACUUAUUUUUCUAUCCAAUUGUAGCUCAAUUUGAGAAAUCGACUGGUGCUAAGAAUAUUUUCUGUGAAAUUUUAUAUCGCGAGUCAGAUAAUGAGGUUGUCAAUGAAACUACUGGUGCUGUGAAUGCAGAGCCAAGAAUUAUGACUAGAUUUAGCAGACAGGGAGCCAAAUUUGAUUUCACUUGUGUCUCGUAUGCUGAAGAAAAACAACCACAUUUUUAUGAUGAAUUUAAGAUUGAUGUUCCUUGUGAACCAAAGAGAGAUCAACACGUACUACUUGUAUUUUAUCACUUAGAUGUUGACAAUAAGAAAUCUAAAAAGCUUUCCUAUGUGAGUGGAGCUAACGACAUUAGAAAGGAAGAUUUUGGAACUUCACACAGAGCCGUCAUUGGCUAUGCUUUCAUGGAACUCAAUGAACCAAAGAAGUUUGAAAAUGACAGUUAUUCAUUGUUUGCUCAAUUUCGCAAACACGUAUUCCCUGACGAAAUUGCAAUCUAUAAGGAGCUUCCUGCAAACUAUAUGAAGGAUUCUGAGGAGAAACUCAAAAACCUAAGAAUUGGUAAAUUGAGAUUAAGAGCUCAGCUUGUAUCAUCAGUUGAUCCAGCGGAUGAUAUUCUCAAUUUAUUCUUCUCCACCAUGUACGAUUUGAAUAACGUUCCUGAUUAUCAAAAACCUCAAGUACUCACCUUCUUGUGUGACUACGUUUUCCCACAAUUCAACAAGAUUGAUUUUAAGAUAUUCAUGCCACAUUUGCCUGUAGUUCUCAAUUUAUUGUUUGGUCUUUUAGGACGUGUUUCCACCAUGCUUCAAUCCAGCGCUGCCACGUAUGUGAUUGAAAAAGUGGAGAUUGCAUCAUUUGAACAAAUAUUGGUUUGCUUACGUGGUUGCUACCAUUAUUUGAGCGAGUCUAAUAACGAAACUGAAUCUCACUCCAGACUCAAUGUAUUUUUCACAAGCUAUAUCAAGUACAUUUUAACAGAACCUCGUGGAGCUAAAUAUCCAUUAUUUAGCGUUCUAUUACGACUCAUGGCAGAAUAUCUCGAAGUUCCUGAGUCUGAUAAGAUGGCUCCAGCAAAGGGUUCCGAUUAUCUUCUUGAUUUGACCAACCUUGUUAAGAAAUCUCGCCAAAAGAAAGACACAGAAGAUGUCAAGCAGCAAAUUGAACAAAAGAGAAAUCAAUUAUCUGAGCAUGAUCCAAUUCGUUUCUCAUGGUUUAUUUUUGAUGCCAUUAUCAAGUCAAUGACCAUAUUUUUCCAUGAAAAACAAAAACAACAAGAUCAGCAACCAAAGAAGAAGAGAAAUUCUUCACACGAUGAGCAUGAAGUCGAUUAUCCAAUUUCGGAUAGACAUAUUUUGAAUCGAUUACGUCAACUUGUUGACAACAUGGUCGUUCGUAUUUACAAGCUCUUACUGGCCAGCGGUCACGGAAGACAAAACAUUGGUAUUGGAGGAAACAGAAACUUGGCUCUCUUCUUGAGAGAUAUAAUUCCAUUCAUACCUAACAAGCUUCACUAUGUUGAACAUUUAAUAGAACGUUAUUUCUCUAGUUUGGAUGGUAUCGAUGAAAGAAAGUUGAGACUCAAAGUUGAAUUUGUUGCAAUUUUGACUGACUACGACUACUACAUACCACUCAACCUUCAUCUUUUGCGUUUGUAUUACAAGGCUCAAUCUGAUUCAGCAAACCAGACGGAUCAUUUAAUGGAGGAACUCAAUGCAACUCCUGUUAUAGAUCACAAAAUGGUCACUCUUUCAUCUCUUUUGGUUGACUUGUUCUUUGAUGUAGUGAAAAGUGGUAAUGACAAGCUCCUCAUCAAAAUGUCCAAGAUUAUUUUAGACCAUUUUUGUAAACUUGACUAUGACAGUAGAUACCAAGAAGAUUCGAGGAGAGCUGUUGUGGCAGAAUUAUAUCUCGAAUUUGUCGAUAGAUUCCUCGAAAACGAUGAAAAUUUGACUAGAUUUAGAAAUGAUGAAAUUUAUGUAGUCGUUUCAUCGUGCAUUUUAUGGAUUUUGAGAGGUCUUUCCAAAGACAAGCUGUUGCGCUGGUGGAAGACAAGACCGUUCUAUGUCAUGCUCAACCUUAUCACCUUCUUGGAACAAGUAACUGUGGGCUUCAACAACUUGGAUUUCUCUGGUAAAAUGGGUGAUGAUGCAAUUCUUCGUUGCGAAGUUGGAUGCAUUGUCAGCUAUUUAGUUUCUUCACUUCUCACUAAUCGUGCAUUAUUCGACGAGAUUGUGCAAGAACUCCGCACUCAAGAUGAAAAUAUUCAAAUGUUAGAGAAUAUCCAAAUUACUGACAUUCUUCUCCAACGUCAACAACAAAUUGCCGACCUAUUCGAAGCUAAAAAUGUCAAAGGACAACCACAUACUGUUGCUCUCUUGUUCAGACGAGUGUCUCACUUGAUUAUGAACUUGGUGUUGCAACUUACUUUGAAAUCUGAUUCUCAGCUAUGUCAUCUUGUUUUCAGACAAUGUAUCUUACCACUUGUACGAGACUUGAAUGAUCAAUUAAUUGUCAAAGAAUUGUAUGACGAUUCCAUUCCAAAGAAGGAACGAGUUCCACCUGUGCAGAAAAAGCAUGUCGAACAAAAAUGGCGUUGGUUACUAGGUUCUGUGAUUAUUCACUGGAGUUUCAAUCCAAAAUUUUCAGAUCAAGUUCACGAUGUGGUACGAGCUUCUUUGGAACUCUUGUUGAGACCUUAUGAAAAGAUGCUCCAAGAAAAGCAUGCAUCUGAAAAUCUUCAACCUUCAGAAGAAGAAGGAGAUGUCAUUUUGGACGAAGAUGGUACUAUUCGUGCAGCAACGUUUAACAAGCUUGUCGAAAGAAUGCUUGAGAUUAAUAUUGCUACUGGUGAUACUGAGGAACACGGUAAAUUCAAGCACAUCUUCCAAAUCACAUAUGGAUCUUUCACCACCCCUCACCAACUUUUGAAGAUUUUGUCCAUUCUCUAUCAAACACCAAAUCCUAAUCAAAACAUUAUUCGUAUCCGUGUGGAACAAUUCCUUUGUGACUGGAUUCGUGACAGUUUCCAUGAAUUUGACAAUCUUGUUAUUGCUGAAUUAACUCGAUUCCUAAUUGCCAAUGAUCGAGAACUUAAGAGCAACACCAAAAAGAAGAUUCGUCGGUAUGCCAUCAAGAACUUGUUGAACUUUAAACAAGAAACAAUCAAACAAAAAGGUGUUCAAGAUUGUUUACCUCAACUUCCAAAAGGGGUUUUGUUCGAAGAACUUGAAACUCCAAUUGUUGACAUCAAAGAAUGGAGAAUCAAAAAGUCACAGAGAAAGAACUACAAGAAUCCAUUCGACCGAUCAUUCGAUUUAAUUCAAUGGCCCGCUGUAGAAAUUGCAAGACAGUUAACUUUAAUUGAUGCCAAACUAUUCAUGAAGAUUGAACCCAAAGAGUUCUUCGACAAUGCAUGGGCUGAUAAGGAAUACAAGUAUGAACUUGCUCCAACACUUUGUGCCAUUACUGAUCGUACGAAUAACAUUUCAUACUGGGUGAGAGGACGUAUUCUUGCUGAGGUCAAUCCUGACAAUAGAAAGAAAGUUUAUAAGAAAUUCUUAGAUAUUAUGAGAGAAUUGUUGCAAAUGAAUAACUUUACAUCCAUCAUGGCCAUCUCAUCUGGUCUCAAUUCUGCUCCAAUUUCGAGAUUGCGUGCUGCAAAGAAGAGAUUAGAGUCAUUGAGUAUUGAUCGAUCACCUUGUAUUCCAUUUACAGGCGUGUUUUUAACAGAUGUGACUUUCACAAAGGAUGGUAAUCAAGAUUUGCUUGACCACGUCUCUAAUCCUGACAAGAAAUUGAUCAACUUUAAGAAGAGACGUACCUAUUACAAGACGAUCCGAACUGUUCAAGAUUUGAAGACAACGCUUCACUAUCCAUACAAACUUAUUCCAUACUUGGAAUACAUUCUCAAGGAAGAUAUUUUCCAUAACCUUAAUUGUGACGACAAGGAAUUGUGGAACUUGUCAAUGAAAGUUGAACCAAGAAAGAAUUAA